UGGCAUCUAACAUUUUGAUUUGCAAUAUGUUCUAAGUGGAUGUGAUGUGUCUAGAAAGUUUUCUAUCAUUGUAGGCAGUUAAAAAAAGUUAUCUCACAGUUGACUAUGUGAAAUCUUGUUGAAAGAUUCAUCAACACGAAGAUGAAAAUCACAGAAUCUUUACAGAAUCUGAUAAGCGACAGCACUGAUGACUUCACAGAGGAACAGACGGUUUUCCCAGAUCCUUUGGACAGGCCUUUGUCCUCCAUAGAAAAAACAUUUCUUCUUCAUGCUGAGAGGGGAGACUGUGCAACAGUAAGAAGGAUAAUUGAUGAAUAUAAAAACGCCCCAGCCGAUUUCGAUAUCAACUGCGUAGAUCCGUUGAAUAGAUCUGCUCUGAUUUCAGCUAUAGAAAAUGAAAAUAUUGAACUUAUCAGGCUUCUUUUAGAAGAAGGAAUUCUGGUCAAGGAUGGUUUACUUCAUGCCAUAAAAGAAGAAUAUGUAGAAGCAGUGGAAGUUUUGCUGAACUGGGAAGAAGACCAUCAUAUUCCUGGAAAACCGUAUAGUUGGGAGAGUUUAGAUCGGGCAUCGGCCUCUUUCACUGCAGAUAUUACCCCGUUGAUUUUGGCGGCUCACAAGAACAAUUAUGAGAUCAUCAAGUUAUUGUUGGAUAGAGGAGCAACUUUGCCAAUGCCACACGAUGUCAGAUGUGGAUGCGACGAAUGCACCUUCUCCAGCAAAGCGGAUUCUCUGCGUCAUUCUCAGGCAAGAAUAAAUGCCUACCGAGCAUUGUCAUCCCCUUCCUUGAUAUCUUUAUCUUCAAAUGAUCCGCUUUUAACUGCUUUCGAAUUAUCUUGGGACCUGCGUAGAUUAAGUAGAAUGGAAACGGAAUUCAGAAUGGAGUAUAUAGAUAUGAGAAACCAAGUCCAAAAUUUUGCAACAUCCUUAUUGGAUCAUGCAAGAACAUCUUAUGAAUUGGAGAUAAUGCUGAACUACGAUCCUGAAGGAGAAGAGACUUGGGUAACUGGAGAGAGACAGACUCUGGAGAGAUUGAAGUUAGCCAUUAAAUACAAACAAAAAGCAUUUAUAGCUCAUCCCAAUGUUCAGCAAUUACUGGCUUCCAUUUGGUACGAAGGACUUCCAGGUUUUCGGAGAAAAAGUAUGAUUGGUCAAGUAUUUCAAGUAGCGAAGAUCGGAAUGAUGUUUCCAGUUUAUUCAUCCAUCUAUAUGCUGGCACCCACAUCGAAAAUGGGACAGUUUAUGAAAAAACCUUUCGUCAAAUUCAUCUGUCACUCUACUUCGUACGCAUUUUUCUUGAUGUUAUUAGGAGCUGCAUCGCAAAGGAUUGAAAUACUCUUUCUUGAAUGGUUCGGGACUGAUUGGGUUCAAGAUAUGGUGAGAGAGUGGAAAAGAAAAGAAAGAGGAGCUCUAUUCGGAAUAGCGGAAUGUGGAGUGAUCAUCUAUGUAAUAAGUUUGAUUUGGGCUGAGAUGCGGUCAUUAUGGUGUGAUGGUUUAGAGGAGUAUGUGUCAGAUUUAUGGAAUAUCGUCGAUUUUAUAACAAAUUUCUUCUAUGUCAUUUGGCUGGCUUUGAGACUCGCAUCAUUUUAUGUCACUUGGAGAGAUGAAAAUUUGGGUAAACACACAUGGUAUCCUCGAGAGGAGUGGGACUCUUUCGAGCCAAUGUUAUUAGCAGAAGGAGCAUUUGCAGCUGGUAUGAUCUUCAGCUUCCUGAAACUAGUCCACAUAUUCAGUGUGAACCCCCAUUUAGGACCCUUGCAAAUAUCACUAGGGCGGAUGAUAAUCGACAUAGUGAAAUUUUUCUUCAUUUAUUCUUUGGUACUUUUCGCAUUUGGUUGUGGAAUGAAUCAACUCCUCUGGUACUAUGCCGAACUGGAGAAAAAGAAAUGUUUCCAUCUUCCAAACGGUCUUCCUGAUUUCGAGGGAGCUGAUAAAGCUUGCGCUAUUUGGAGAAGAUACGCCAAUUUAUUCGAAACUUCGCAGUCACUUUUCUGGGCCAGUUUUGGAUUGGUGGACUUGAUAUCCGUUGACCUAACUGGAAUAAAAGGUUUCACGAGAUUCUGGGCUCUCUUGAUGUUCGGAUCUUACUCGGUUAUCAAUAUAAUUGUUCUACUCAAUAUGCUGAUUGCCAUGAUGUCCAACUCUUAUCAGAUUAUAUCGGAAAGAUCGGAUACCGAGUGGAAAUUUGCCAGGAGUCGUCUGUGGGUGAAUUACUUUGAAGAUGGUGACAGUUUGCCAGCGCCUUUCAAUAUUUUACCAUCUCCAAAAACUUUAUUCAGGAAGAUGGGGUGUGGUGUAGGACAAAUACGGACUAAGAGCUUCAGGGAGAAAUCAAGGGAGAAGGCACGCGAAAAACACGAGACAGUAAUGAAGUUACUUAUAAGAAGAUACGUCACUGCAGAACAGAGAAAGCGUGAUGACUACGGAAUUACUGAAGAUGACGUCAUGGAAAUAAGACAAGACAUAUCAAGCCUCAGAUACGAACUCAUAGAUAUUUUGAGGAAGAAUGGAAUGAGAACUCCACAAAUUAAUUUCCAAGAUGUACAAGUAUCUGGAAAGAAAGGAAAGGUGAUGGAGAGGCGUCUUCUGAAGGACUUCCACAUCGGCAUAGUUGAAGGCCUCGUCCAAGAAAUGUCUAUGAGUCCCAAUGAACCAAAGAACGUUUUUGGCCAGAUUGCAAAAGUUAUCGGCCGAAGAACGACUUCGAAGAAGAAAGAUUGGAAUGCUCUAGUGAAAAAUAGUAAUAUUACCAGUGAUCCCAUUGGAACAGCUCAAGAAUUUGAAUACACCAUAAACAAGAGGCAGAGUUUGAGAAGGCACAUUCUGAGCAACGUCAAAACGCAUGUUAAACUGGACGAUGAAAAACUGAUAGAAUAUAAUCCAAAACUCUCGGAAAUUCCAAGAACAGCAAGAGUUGCGUACGCAAAAUUCAUGACGAAAAAAAUUGAAGGUGACUACAAGCAAGACACCGUACAAGUUCCUGACGGAUUACAAGAAGGAAAAGGAAAUAACACAAGAGAUAGCACUAAAAGUAAACAGAGUGUACGUUGUAAGCAAAGUAUACGACAUGGUCGCCAGUCUGUCAAAUUUAAAAAUUCUGAAUGUUCAUCUGAUCAACCGGUUCAAUCACAUAACGAAGACGUACUAGAGAGUGAUGGACAUUCUACAUACCAAGACACACACGGAACUUGCUUAUCACCACUGCUGGAAAUUGAUAAAACGCCGUCAACUUCUCGUUCAGCAACACCAGUCUUCAGAGAUCUAGAAAGUCAUCCAUAUAAACAAGAGGGUCUGGAUACCGAAAACUCAACAGAAAGACAGGAUACCGAAAACGCAAUAGAAAGACAGGAUAGUGAAAAACACGACAGCCUGGAUUCAGAACAAUCGACGGCUGGCCAAGACACCCAGCAAGCAAACGAUGAGUUUGAGGAGAAAUCUAGCAUUACUCAAACAUCGUUAGCGAAUAUCAACACUCCAAUCGAUAAUGAAAACGAAGUAGAUAACGAGAAUGUCGAAAAGAAAACUGAUGUGUCGCAUUCGUCAUCGAAUAAUGAGAGACAAACAAAUCCAUCUUCCAAAUCGAAACUGACUGGAAAAAUACGUACCGGGUGGAUUUGAAUUCUAGAAAUUCACUGGAUUCAGGUGUCAUAUUGACAUCUGCUCAUCAAUUUUAGAAAGAAUUACUUUUAGGGCCGUAGAUAGAACGAUUACACCAGUAUGAUUCGUUUUCUUUACUAAUAAAUGUUAAGAUUCUGAA